GCGGAUAUCAACGGCGGUCGCGUGCUAGCAGGCGAAGACAGCGAAGAGGAUGACGAGGAUGAGGAAGAAAUGAGUUUCCAGUUCAACGGCUUCGGCUCGCAGUCGACAUCAGCGCCUCGCUUUGCUGUCCCCACAGUAGUAGCACCAUCCGUAGGAACAGAAGGCGAGGAGGACGAAGAGAGUGAUGGAGAUAGCGAGGACGCAACAUUGAAAGCGGUGGAUAUAUCGAAGGAGGAGAAAAGCGAAGAGCAGGACAAAACGCUUGACAGUGACGAGCAGGGCAAGAACGAAGGCGUAAACUCCUCAGAGGCCAAACAGACAACCGAGAAAGCUGUGGAGAAGACUGGAGAGGCGCCGGUGCUGUGGGAAGUGGACGGAUCGAUUAACGGCAUCGAGCUUAUGAGCAACGCCUUCGUUGAGUCUGUGCAACCCUCACUGGACUCGACAAUUCAUCGGAUAGCAGAGUUGAAGGAGAGUCAGCGGCGACUGCUGAAGAUGCUGAUGGAGCAGAACGCUGGGAUCAAGUCGAACAAGCAGCUGGAGGAUGCGGCCGUGGUGCUGGAGAAGUUGCCGUUCUACGCGAAGAAGCUGCAAGGAAUCAAACUGGCGAUGCAAGAGAUCUCGACUAGUACCGAGAAAAUGAAGCGACGUGCUGAUAGUCUGCGAGUCGACGCGCAAUCCCAUGCGAUUAAGAAGGAGAAUAAGCGAGACGUGCAGUCGCAGUGGAACAAAUUGUAUGCUGCCAAGAACGCUCCAGACUCCGGAGCGUCUUCCAGUCAGUCUUAAGUUACCUGUCAAGCAAUACAAACCCCACAACGCCC